AUGUCCCUCCUUCGCCAGUCCGUGAUUCGCAGCACCCAGUCGGCUAGCCGUGUUUCCGCGCGCUCGUACUCGAGUGCACCUAAUGCUGGCCCGAGCAUGAUCGAGCGUCUCCAGCAAGCUGGCUCGUCUUUUGCAAAGACCGCCGAGCGCUCUCUCGGCUCCUACUCGGAGCCCAUCAUGUACAAUCUGCGCGUCGCAGGCUCUUUUCUUAAGCAGGUGUACAUCUCUGAGAAGCUUGCGCCGCCCAUGCACCUCAAAAACUGGACCGAUGCCUACCGACAGAUCUGGCAGGACGUUUCAAGCCACAAGUGGUGGACACAGACGCUGCCGAGCGGCCAAUGGCGCAGCGUCGCAUUGUACGGCGUUGAAGCGAUAGGCAUUUUUUCUAUUGGCGAGAUGAUUGGCAAGCGCAAGAUUGUCGGCUACAGGCUCAACAACCGCGGCAAGGACCUAUCCCACUAG